UCCCCUGCUGCCAGCCACGCAACCCGGCCUGUCGAUGUCACAGUCUGAAAUGAGUGUUGGACUAACCUAAAAGCUAUUCUUUAACAACAAAAGAAAUGGAGGAAGCAGAGAUACGACAGCAGAAACUGGACAGUCAGCGUUCGCUUUUAAUCAAGAAGCAACAAAGAAGAAGGAGAGAUGCCCUGAUGGUCACAGCAAAUCAUGACAAUUAUCCGAAGACACGCAGACAGAAAGCUGAAUCUGAUGACACAGCUUUAUUGAUAACCCAGUCUCAAAGCAACACUUCCCUUAAUGAUGCACAGCCUGAGCAGGUUUAUGACAACACAGUAGAGGAGAUUUGUUUGGGAGAAUUGAACAUUUCAUCCAAAACAGCAGAGACAUCAGAGGAGGGAGAUCUGUCUCAUCCGAUCAUGCCCAAAAAAAUUGAUCUAGAGAUCAGCGCCCAGCCAAGCCCUGAAUGCAUUCUUGACACAGAGGGCCAAACAGAUGUAAAGAAAACAAAGAAAAAAUGCCUUAAAAAGGGCCAAACAAAAAUACCAAAAACUGUAGGAGAACCUAAGGAAAAUGAAGAUAAAGAAAAAAAAUCUAUUAAGAAGAAGGACAAGAUAAAUAAAUCUACAGAAGAAGUGAAGACAGGGCAACAAUCUUCAAUUCAGGCCAAUUCAGUGGUGGAGUUCAACAUAGAGACAGGGAAUAAAAUUGAUUCAGAGAGUGAAGAUGAAAGAAAAGACAGGUCGAAGAGCCCCAAUCCUUCCACACCAAAGAAAGAACAAGAACGUUUGGCAGUGGGACUUGACCUUAGUGACAGUGAUGAAGAAAAAAAGGAUGAUGAGGAAGAAGAGAUGAGGAAGAUUAAAAAAACACCAAAGAAGUCAAAAAAAGGAGCAAAAAACAUUGCUUUGUUAAACUCGAAUUAUAAGGAAUCAUCUUCUGACGGUGAUUCUGUGGACAUGGGAAAGUCAUCUCCGAUGUCUUUGGAGGAUUUGGAACUGUUUGCCAUGCGUCCAGCUCCAAGAGAUGUGACCAUUCAGUGCAGGAUAACCAGAGAUAGAAGAGGAGUGGAGAAAGGAAUGUACCCCACAUAUUACCUUCACAUGGAAAAGGAGGAUGGGAAGAGGGUCUUUCUGAUGGCGGGCAGGAAAAGAAAGAGAUGCAAAACUUCAAAUUAUUUAAUAUCAAUCGAUCCAACAGAUUUAUCCAGAGAUACGAAUAGCUACAUAGGUAAACUAAGGUCAAAUGUCUUGGGGACAAAAUUUACGGUGUACGACAAUGGAGAGAAUCCAGAAAGAAAACCAUUCAUAAAAGAAACAGAUACCCUGCGACAAGAGUUAGCGGCAAUAUGUUAUGAGAAAAAUGUGCUGGGUUUCAAAGGUCCCAGAAAGAUGACAGUUAUCAUCCCUGGUAUGCAUGAGAAUGAUGAGCGAGUUGUUAUUCGUCCAAAAACUGAGCUGGAGUCUCUACUCACUCGAUUUGAUAAUGGUAAUAAAGAAAAUCUUGUCACGCUUGUAAAUAAAUCACCCACCUGGAAUGAACAAACUCAGUCAUAUGUUCUCAACUUCCAUGGCCGAGUUACACAGGCGUCUGUGAAGAACUUUCAAAUUGUCCAUCCAGAUAACUUGGACUAUAUUGUGAUGCAGUUUGGGCGGGUAGCAGAAGAUGUGUUCUCAAUGGAUUACAGCUUUCCUCUGUGUGCACUACAGGCAUUUGCUAUCACUUUGUCCUCCUUUGAUGGCAAACUGGCUUGUGAAUGAUCCUAAUUCAUAUUUCUUUUGUAUUGUAUGUGCUUUAAAAAAAGGAAAAACUCUGCAGUCAUGUACAAUUUUCUUUAGACAUUUUUUAAAUAUCUGAAAGUAUACAGUUAUAUACAAGUAUAUAGUUGGUUUGUUCUAUCAGUUGAUUAUGAAUGUAGUGUAUUAAGCGGAUGCUGUUUAUAUUUGUAUGACCUGUCUGGCUGAUGUAAUUUAAUAAAAGUUUUUCUCUUC